UGCCGGAGCCCGAGUAGUGGCGGCGCGUGAGCGGCUGGGGUAGGUCGUCCCUGGCAACGGUGGCUGAAUCUUCUGUCGGGGGAUAACGCAGACUGUCAGAGUGCGCGGUGAUGAUGAAGUGCGUGCUUCGCUUGUUGGCGCUGGUCAUUCUGGCGGUGAAUGGUGCGGCGGCGCUGCGCUGCUACGCCUGCAUGCCGAACCGCAACAUCGCCGGCGUCUCGCUGCCGCGCGCCAUCGCCGACCGAGCGCACUCCUACCCGCGCUGCUCUCAGCUCAACGCGAAGGACCCCGAGCUGCGGUUCGAGAUGACCUGCCCGCGGGGCCUAGACAAGAGCUGCGUCAAGAUCCGAGACGAGCAUGGCAAUGAGAUGCGCAGCUGUUUCGGCAGUCACAAGUCCUCGUGCUCCAAGCAGACCAAGAAGGGCCAGGUGCUAUGCGUAUGCAAGGGCGACUUCUGCAACUCCGCACUCGUCAUCCGGCCGGCGCCGUUCGUCCUGUUCGUGCCGCUGGUCGCCGCCCUGCUCCGACUACACUAGCGCCGCCACGCGGCCGCCGCCCGCAGCGCUCAGCAGUAUUCGCUGGAGUGUGCUGUCACACAUGGGUGUCAUCGUUGGACGGAGGACGUAGCCCUGCUCUCACGCACAUAUUUUUGUUAAGUGUUGGCUGUAUGCGUGUGCCAACUGCAUGUUUGCCUCCACCGGGUCAGCUGACCCGGUGACGGGAGGGCCGUCAGAGGCAUCAACGGGGACGACAACCGCCCUGUCGUCACGUCCAGCCCGCCGCUACGAGCGGACGGAGACGCCCGCGCUCGCCCUGCUCCUGGUAUCAUAUCAGCCCGGCCUGCAGCCGCGGAGUGGAGUGAUGCCGACAGCGGAACGCCGGCGCUUUAGUGCAGAGACCGGACGUGCCGGCCGGCGGCGGAUCGUCGAGCGGCGGCUCCUGUCUGGCGCGGGGCGCGAGCCGGCGCACCGCCGGACCUCCACCGUGCUCCGCCCGGAGCUCGUUUUCCCGACCGACAGCGCCCAGGUGAGCGGCCGCCACCCGACCGACAGCGCCCAGGUGAGAAGGGCCAGACGCCGUCUACAGCUGGCGCCGACAAGAGGCAGGCGUCGGCCCGGCCGCCGGAGGAGCCACCGCCGCCGGCCACGGACCCCGCGGCCCCGCCGGAGCUCCGGCGGCUCUGGACGCGGACCCAGCGGCCAACACUGUGGCUCGCCAGCCGCCCGACCACAACUCUUCCAGACUGGCUUCCUCGAUACUGGCUCCAUGUGGCCUGCGAAUCACCAUAUGCGCAGGCUGCGGACGGCGACCAAAGGCGCAUGCGCAGCGUGCCGACGGCGCCUGCUGAGUGCACCAGUGACCCCGGCGGCGCCUCAUAGUGUGAUGUCGUCUGCGCCGAGGUCUCUGUGUCGGCGAUGUUCCUGCAGUGGCCGCGUCCUGCGGUAGUGCCGUGGUGGCAGACUGGAGGCCAUGCUCUUGCCGCCCUGCUCUCGUCCAUCGGCGGACCUGAUACGCCGCCUCUCAGCCGGACGGCCGGCUUUUGUACAAAUCGAACACAAUAUAUCCAUAGCGCAAAUCAAA